GAGCGCUCCCUCACGCUUCUUAUCAACCCAAAACCCUAACCCUUAACUUCACCCACCAGAACCCGAACCCGAAAAGGCGAGACAGAGAGGGAUAACCCUUUUCGCUGGAAGCAUCCCCUUUUGAGGAAAUUCAACGGUCAUCUUGGGAUUCCCCCAUCCCUCCUCCUUUUGACUUCCAUUGACCACCGCCACCUUGGCUGUUUGCCGGAGCAGCCACUGGCGGUUGCGGUUCGGUUGCCUUCUUCCUAUUGCUCUGCUGCUGAGGUUCGGGGAAAUCUUGUAAGAAGUGCAAAACAGCUUCUUUCAUGAGUGGCUCAACGUGGUGAUUCACCAUAUCUUGCAGUCGUUCGAUUUCUGGUGAUAUAUCAUUGCUCUUUGUUAACUGAGGAUGGGGAGCCAAGAGAUCUUGGAUAGUUCAGAGGUUAUGGAUGUUGGUGUUGGCAGAUGUAAUGGUGGGUUGUUGCAGCAUUUAAGUAAUAAGGUUGAGGAGAAUGACAACUUGGAUGUUGACAUACUCAACGAUCUGGAUGUCUACUCGGAGGCCAUCAUAAAUGACCGCUUGACCGUUUCUCGGGUGGUCAAUGACUCGAUAAUCAUGGGCAUUGUAUCUGCAGUGCAACAGGAAGCUUCUGAUGAAAUUGCAAAUAGAGAUUUGGAGUUGGCUAGACUGAAAGAAACUUUCCCCCCUCGUCGAUUGAGGAUAGAUGACAGUGAAGGUUCUGGUGACUCAGCAAUGUUUGAGGAGCUGAAAGCUGACCUUUAUCCCUCUACUUCAGAUGCAUCUGCAGAGUUUGAUAAUUCACAGGAGUGUUUGGAGAAGCUUGCAUUAGAUGCUAAAGAGCAGUUUAAGAAGCUCAAGAUAGAAAUUGACAAAGUUAAAGGUUCAUGUUCUAUGAGAAGGAUAUCUUCAGCUUCCGAGUCAUUGGGAUUAAGUGGUAUCUUAUCUGAAAAGGUGCCUGAUAAGUGGGACAAUGUGGACAAGAGUCUUCAUGAUUUGAAAAUUGCAGUGAAUUCUAUCUGUAAACGGGCAAUAGAUACAGCUGACCAGUCAAAGUCGGUGCUUUUCCAGUGGCAACAGGAAAGAGACUUUCAGCAAGAAAUUGAAGGAAUGGUGAUGAAGAAUUGUGUUUGCGGUCUCCAAGAAGAGUUUGAACUCAGAUUGUGGAAUAAAAGUGCAGAGAGUUUUAGCUACAAUGCUGCAAACUUGCCUGAAGGAAAAAUUAAAGAGAUCUCUACUCUGCGUCAGGAAUUGGAUGCCAUUUCUAGAUUGUUGACAGUGCCAGAAAAUGGCCAGCUUGUUUCUCAUGGAUCGUUGGAGCAUCGUAAGGUUUCAUGCAAUCAUAUUUCGUCAACAAAUUCACUUUGGGAGGCAAAUGGCAAGCAAGCAGAAUCAAUCAUUCCUACGCCUGAAAAUUUUGAUCAUUCACAAUUAAAGCACUUGUCAAGGGAUGAUUUAGCAAACUAUUAUAAGACUGAGGUGAUCAAAAUGAGGAGACAGCAUGAGUCAAAAGUGCAAGAGAUGACAGAAGAAUUAUUUAGUCUGAAAAGGGAGUAUUUGAGGGAAAGGUCAUCUUCCUCGCCUUUGAAGAAGGACAAGGAGUUUGAAGAACUGAGAAGAAGAAUUUCUGGCGUUACUUCGUUAUUGGAUGGAUUAAUUAUGGAAAAUGACAAACUACCUCCACAUGGCGAUGUUGGAGAGUCUCUUGAAUGUUUGAAGCAUAGGUUGGAAUCUCUUUCUCUGGAAAAUCGCCAACUGAGAGGCUCGCUAGCAGAUAAGAAAAAGGAAACCAAGUUCCUUUCAUCUCAAGUUAGUGCUGCGGCUAAAAGAUUAUCAGAAGCCUCAUUGAUGGAGGCAAAUUUGCGCAGGUUCAUUAACAAUCUUAGGUGGGCUGCGGAAGAUGCACGUUUUGAAGCUUCACUCAGUGACGACCUAUAUAAGUUCCUUAUCAAGGAGAUGAUUGGCCAGAAUGAAUCUUCUUUUGAACAACUAGAGUUGGAGAUUGAUAUUAGAAAGGGGAUCUAUGAUAUGAUUUGCAAUGAAGCAGCUGAAAACUAUCACUCAAUCUCCAAGUGUCAAGCUGAGGAUUCAGAUUUGGAGGCCAUUAUCGUGCAAGGAUUGAGUGAAAUAAUCUAUAGAGGAGCCUUUCAGGAAGCUGAGAUGGAGCUCUAUGAAUUAAACCAUAAAUAUGUCAAUGAAAGUGAAGUUCGAGCAGCCCUUGAAAUGAAAGCGUUGGAAAUCGAGGAACGUUUGAGGUUGAAUGUUGCCGAGAAAGAAAUCUUACAGAAACAGAUAGUUGCACUAGAAACAAGUAACGAGGAGAAGGAGAAGCUAUUGCAAGAGAUGGUAGAUGCACUUAAAACAGAGAGUCAGAGAUAUGCGGUAGUGUUGGAUGAAGUUGAAAUGUUGAAGGCGCAUGCUAGUGAGCAGCAAUUAUUACUUUCUCAAAGUAGGUCUGAAGCAGAAGUCAUCAGAGGUCAUCUUGGUGAAGCAUUUGAGAAAAUAAAAAUGUAUAAUAAAGAAUCUUGCGAGCUUAGACAGAGUCUCGAACUACUUGGAAAAGAGAAGCAACAUGCUUUAUCAGAGUUUGAGGCCAAAGAAAGGGAAUUGGCAAAUCAAAUGGGCUUAGCAGUUGUUCUCAUACAUGGUUUGUCCGCAUCUGUUAGUGCCUUCCAGUGUAGAACAGAAGAGAUUAUUUCCAAGAAUAGGUUCAGGUUGGAAAAUAUGAGUUCCCAAAUAAGUGCUCUUAGGCGUAAGGCUAAGAGACUUGAGCAAAUGGGGUUUCUGUACAAGGAGGCACUGAAGAGGAAACGUUCUGACCUAGGAAAGGCUGAAGCUGAGGUUGAUCUUUUGGGCGAUGAGGUGGACACUCUUUUAGGCCUUCUUGAAAAGAUCUACAUAGCAUUAGAUCAUUAUUCUCCUAUACUGAAACACUAUCCCGGAAUAAUAGAAAUCCUGAAGCUGGUUCGAAGAGAACUGAGUGGGGAACACACGAAACAUGCGUGAUGCGGCCUGUUCGGAGUUGAAGAACGGUACCUGGACCAAGCCUUUUGUUCGGAAACCAUGGGUGUGCUGCAGGGGUUUUGCGUCAACAAAGCUUAGAGUUGAUGAUGGGUCUCUCCUAGUUUCUGAAACCAAAAGUUGGGUUGGUUGGUUGUCUGUUGGUGCUGUUAUGAGUGGCUGCGGCUAGGUUUUUGGUUGUGUAUAUUUUGGUAGCUCACAGCGAAAGGAAUAUAUGUAGUUAUUAAGUUAGUUCAUGACAGACGGUUUCUGUUGGAUUAGUUCUUUGCACACUUCCAAAUUGUAGGUGUUAGCCUCAGCCUGUACAGCUUUUCCUUCUCAAAUCCAGAAGAGAAUUUCACACCUGCCGGUGCAUUGUUUCCACUUUGACGGUCUUACGCAACUCGAACUGAAUCAAACCAAUGAAUUAUGGUC